CUUCUUUUUUGUGUUCAUCGUUCUCGGUAACCUAUCUCCCUCCUCGCCGUUCUCGCGUUCUUCUUCCUCCUCCUCCCUCGCGCUCUGCGACCUGCUCGUGCUCGAUCGAUCGAGAGACGGCGAGGGCGACGUCCCGCCAUGGGGUACACGAAGGACCAGUUGCUCACUCGCCUACAGGAGCUUCAGAUUGAGUUCUCGAAGUAUGAGCAUCCUGUCGUUUUGACUGUUGAGGCUCAGGCAAAACAUGUUGGGAAUGUCGGUGCUGCGCUCAGUAAGAACUUGUUCUUGAAGGACAAGAAACAAAGGUUCUACAUUGUCUCUGCUCUUGCUGAUACUAAAGUAGAUCUGAAAGUUCUGUCACAACGGCUUGGUUUGGGAAAAGGAGGUUUGAGAAUGGCACCAGAAGAAGCAUUAGGUGAGAUACUUCAGGUGCCUCUUGGUUGUGUGACUCCUUUUGCCUUAGUAAAUGAAUCGGCAAGUCAUGUCUCGUUGCUGCUUGAUCAGGGAUUCAAGUCCCAACAGGGUUGCCUCUUUCAUCCGCUGUCGAAUGACACGUCAAUAUCUCUUAAUACCUUCAGUCUCGACAUGUUUCUGAAAUCAAUUGGAAGAGAUCCCUCAUAUGUUGAUCUUGAGGCUAACCCCAAAGUAGGGAAGGAUCAGCCACCCGAUUUGGCUGCUCUUGUUCCGUCUGACUCCAUUGUCUUGCCAGAAUUUGCCGAAGGAGAACUUCCUUCAAAACCUUCCAAUGAGAAUCAUGCUGCGACAGAUGUUAAGCCAAAGGCAGUUAAAGCCAAGGCUGUUAAGACACCUGCUACUGCUGAAAAGGUCAAGGAUAAACCUUCUACAGAAGUGCUUCCAUCCAUCUCCUUCACUGACGCAGGGCAGUUUGUGGAAGAAAUUCUAGAAAAGACGUCAGCUAUAAUACUUUCAGAGAUUCGGGAGGACACUGUUAGGCAACAUGGAGAACAAUUGGGAGCAGUGGUUUCGGAUACCCUCAGAAAGCGUCUGAGCUCUGAGUUGAAAAACCUCGCUAUUAUGUUCAAGAAUACUGCUUAUACGGAAGGUUUCCAUGCCGGUACUCGUCACUAACCAAAGCGUCCCUGAGCUUCGUUAGUUAGUCACUCUGAUGGUUUCCGAACUUCGUCGAUACUUGAAUGUCAUUACCCCGAAUGUGCUAAUUGUGACACAUUUCUCUUCGUUAGUUGCGUACCGGUCAUCGAAAUAUAUGGCUGAUAAUGCAGCCUAAUAGCGAGCUAAUCUUGUUUCCGUUGAUCUACAAUGGGAUUGCGUGUGUUCGAA